UUGAGGUGAACAGUGGCUCCCUGUGUGAGUUGUUGCUGCUGCUGCUGCUUUUCAGCCGUGAGAAAAAUGUUGUCCGCUACUCGGUGUCGCAGUUGUGGCUACUAAUUCCACCCCGAAAACAAAACGACAACAUAUUUCAUAUUUCAGCCGGACAUUUGUAAAGACUGGAAAAGGCAAUGAUCUGAGGCAUUAAAGUCUGCAUUUUCUCUGUGGACGUGUGCUCGCACUCACGCAUGCUGCACUCACAUACAUCAAUCAUGUCUCAGUCUGAAUCUUGUGCAAACGUGUUGGACUGGUUAUGUGUACUUCGUCUGGAGCAGUAUUCUGAGGCAUUUCGGAGCACUGGGCUAGCAACAUUGCAGCAAUGUCGCAACCUCACGCCAGAUCAGCUGGAGCAGAUGGGCAUCACCCUGCCAGGUCACCAGAGACGCAUCCUAGCUAGCCUGAACAAAACACAUGGUAAUCGUGACACACAAUCUGACACACACACUCACCUUCUACAGUCUGAGAGAGAUCAGAGAUCAGAAGAAACAGGACAUACUACGGUGUUGCAGAGAGAGAGACCUUUGCCUGUCCCAGUGGAAGAAAAACCUGACCUUAAGCAAAUAGAGAAAAAAGAUGGAGAGAUAUUGAGACCUACACCAAGGGAAAGAGGGAAACCAGUCCCUAAAGAGAGACAAGUAUCCAGGAUGAAAGAGGAAAAUGGAGAAGAGAAGAAGCCAGUUCCUGAACAAAGACAAACAGCACCUAGACGAAGAAAAGAGGAAGAGAGGGAUGGAGGAAUAGAUGGAGAGAAGGAGAAGCCUGUGCCUAAAGAGAGGACUAAGUUUCGCCCUAGUGCUCCAGUGGACUGUGCCCCCGGCCCCCUUGUCUCUCCAACUUCGGACACCUCUUUACCCCCUGUCCCCCCACGAAGCAUCCCCAACUGUCCUCCACAGCGCUUUACCUCUGCCCUGAGCCGCUCACCUCCUGGUCGAACCCCUGGCUCCCCCAAACUAGGCAGACAUGCGGUCAAAGCCCCAGCUUUACAGAGUGUGUCCCAGAGUUCAACCCCCACCAGCACCCCUACCCAUACCUUCACACAAACUCGGCCACAGACAUUAGCCAUUCAGACAUCUGCCCAACAUUUGGUUAGUGAUGGAGGAAGAAAAACAUCACCCGUCUCUCCCAUUGCUUUCCUCAGCGAUGACAGAAAUGCUCCACCUCUCCCUCCAAAAGUAGGGGGAGGACCUAAAGGUCCUCCACCAGUCCCACAGCGGUUUCCUGCACAGUCUCCCAGAACUCAAAGCCCCUCUCCCACCAAGACAGGCGCUGAUGAGUUGCAGAAAGACCAAACUCCACAGGUCCCACCUCGCAUCAGGACACCCCAAACUCAAGAGAACGUACAACAGUCGACUCAACCUGACACUCAGCCAGCUCUGCCUGCCAGGAAGGUCCCCCGACCUCCCUGUGAGUUUAGGAUGGAUUCACUCGAUGAUAAUUCUGAUGAAUACGAGGAUCCAGACUUGUUUAACCCCAGUGUUCAUCGCAUGACCACACCAGACGGGGUAAGAGUGUGUAAAGAUAUGUCCCUGCAAGUGCCUGGUCAGGUGAAGGGGCGGUACAGUUCUUUGUGCAGUGAUGACGAGCUGUUGGAUGAUGAUGAUCCUACCCUAUGGCAGGGUGGGGACCUCAGCAAAAUUAAGGGAAGUGUCUGCCUGCCAAACACUGGAAAACUGGAUUCAGCCACUAAAGAAGACAGCUCUCAGCUCGCUGCUGUCAUCAAGAUGGGCUGGCUGGACAAGAAUCCACCUCAAGGGGCCCUUUAUUACCAGAGACGAUGGGUAAAGCUGGAUGUUGACUACCUGAGAUACUUUGACAAUGACAAGGAGAUAUAUUCCAAGGGGAUCAUCUCAACAGCCUUCAUCACUAAUGUUACAGGCGUGGGAGAGCUGAAGUUUGAGGUUGCCACAAACAACCGAACAUUUAUCUUCAGGGCUGAAAGUGAAGCUGAGAGAAACGACUGGGUGACUGUACUGCAGGACUGCACCAGGGGGCGCCAUCGGCGCAGCACCAUGAACCCUGGUUCACCUUUGACCCCAGACUAUCAGGGCUACCUGGAGCUUAAAGGGUUACGCUCCAAACUUUAUACUGUUGUCGCCUCAGAUAAGGUCUUCCUCUACAAAAACAUUGAUGACUAUCGUAUUGGAGUUGGUAUCACAUCCAUUGAGAUGAAUGUAGGAAAUGUGAAAGACUUAGACCGUCGUAGCUUUGAUCUCACCACACCCUAUCGCAUAUUCAGUUUCAUAGCUGAGUCAGAACAGCUGAGAGAGCAGUGGGUGGACGCAAUGCGGAACGCCAUAGGUGAGGCAUUGUCCAAUAGCGAGGUGGCAGACCGGAUCUGGGCGGAGCCUAACAACAGUUUCUGUGCUGACUGUGCGGCCCCCAAGCCGGAGUGGGCAGCCAUCAACUUGUGCGUGGUGAUCUGUAAACGAUGCGCAGGAGAGCACAGAGGAUUGGGGCCUAGCAUCUCGAAGGUUCGUAGUCUAAAGAUGGACAGGAAGGUCUGGACAGAGGAGCUUAUACAGUUGUUCCUGUUGCUAGGCAACGAGCGCGUAAACAGUUUCUGGGCAGCUAACGUCCCGCCGAGUGAGGCUUUGACACCCUCUAGCUGCAGUGAAGAGAGAAGGCGCUUCAUCACCAACAAAUAUCGCCAGGGAAAAUACAGGAAGUACCAUCCGCUGUACGGAAACCAGAGAGAGCUCAACAAUGCUCUGUGUAUAAAUGUGCAGUGCAGCGAUGUGCUAGAGACAUUAGGCCUGAUCUUCUGUGGUGCAGAUGUAAAUUGUUCGACUGGUAUGGCAAGUUGGCCCUCCCCUCUCUCCCUGGCAAAUGCACACUCUCAACCCUUACAGGCUGAGUUAAUUAGCCACAAUCUCAACACAGAGCUGCCACGAUCAGAGGUGGGUGGGGCCAUGGAGGCGGUACAUUACUCAGCACCACCUUCUGUCUCUCUCAAUGGUUUCCUGUUCAAAACUGCAUCCAUGGCUCGAGCUAUCACAGAGCGCAAGGCCAGAGAGGAGUUCAGUCGUCGCUGGUGCACGCUGAAUGAUGGUAUCUUCAGCUACUAUGAGAGUGACAAGAACUCAAACCCAAAUGGAGCUCUGAAGGCGUCAGAGAUAGUCUGUUUGGUUGUCGACAUGCCUGAAAAACAUGGGUAUGACAAUACCUUUGAACUCUACUCUGAGUCAGAGCGUCUCUAUCUGUUUGGCACUGAUGAUCCAGACAGCCACAAAGAAUGGGUCAAGUCUAUUGCCAAGAGCUUUAUCCCAGCCUCUGCAGAGCCUUUACUGAGGCUGGGUUUUGAGCGGAUUGGGCGGCUGAAAUGUAAAGACGGCUUGAACCUACAAACAUCCAAGGUUGGUUGGUUUGCUCUAGUGGGCUCCACACUUCACGCCUACCUGGAGGACAGCCAGGGGGAGGAGAUCCACCUCCGCAAACUGAAUGAACUUUCCAUCCAACAAGACAAUGAAGUGCUUGUUCUUGUGGAGAGAGGCAGAACUCUGUACAUAGAGGGAGAGAGGAAGUUGGAUUUUGCUGGCUGGUGUGGGGCCAUCCAGACGGCAGCGGGGAGUGGAGGAGACACACUGAGCCAGCAGCAACUCACAGAGACAGAUAUACCUGUCAUCGUUCACAGCUGCAUCGGCUACAUCACUCAGUGCGGCUUGACAUCUGAGGGGAUCUAUCGCAAGAGCGGUGUGAACUCACGUGUGGCAGCACUGUGCGAGAGAUUUCGGCGUGAUGCUCGCAGUCUUUGUCUGAGGGAAGGAGAGCACCAGGUAGACGACGUCUCCAACACACUCAAGCGCUUCUUCAGGGAGUUAGAAGAAGGACUGUUCACUUCAGAGGAUGCCAGCACCUGGCUCAGUACAGCUGCCAUUCAGGAUGAAAGCAUGAAAAUCUCCCAGUACCAGCUGCUGUUUAACAGACUGCCUCGUGUCAACAAGGCUACACUACAAGCCCUUAUCAACCACCUCUAUUGCGUCCAGCGUUUUUCUGAGCUGAACCAGAUGAACCUCCAUAACCUGGCCAUAGUGUUCGGUCCCACACUGUUCCAGACAGACGGGAAGGACUACACUGCUGGCCGCGCCAUAGAGGACCUCAUACAGCACUACACACUCAUCUUUGAGGUGGAUGAGCAUCAGCUAAAGAAGCAGCUAGAAGAGAUCACUGUUAUAAUCCAAGUGCGAGAGAAACUCAGCACAAAGUUUCCUCGUACUGAACCUGGAGGGCAUUUCAUCUGCACAGUGUACCUGGAGGAAAAGAAGGACACAGCAGAGCAACAUGUUAAGAUCCCUGGUUCUAUGACAGCAGCAGAGCUGACAUGUGAGGUUCUUGACCGGCGUAACAUCACAGUUAAAGACAAAGAGUACUGGAGCUGCUGGGAGGUCAGCGAUAAGGAGGAAAUGGAACGUCCGCUGCACUAUCAGGAGCGAGUCUUACCCAUCCUUCACUCCUUUGGCACUGACUCCCAUCUGCUCAUUAAGAAAUACCUCGCUAUGGAGACGAUGAUCAUCUACCUGACCAGUAAAGUGGAUGCAUCCAAACACGGGAUGAUGAAAUUCAGAGAGGAGCGGAGCAUCCUGGGAUUGGGACUGACCUCUGGAAGUUUCCAUGACCGAUAUUUCAUCCUCAAUUUGAGCUCGCUUAGAAUGUACAAGGAAGUCAGAAGUAACCGUCCAGAACGUGAUUGGCCAGUGAAAAAUUUGAAAGUUUACCUAGGUAUCAAGAAGAAACUCCGUCCUCCCACAUGUUGGGGACUGACAGUGGUGUAUGAGAAUAAGAAACAAGAGAGGCAAGAGAGACAGCAGUGGUAUCUUUGCUGUGACACCCAGUCAGAAAUGAGGGAGUGGUAUGCUACUUUUCUCAGUAUCCAGUACGAUGGCAACGUGUGGCCUCAGGAUGGACUCCAGCAGACACGGGUGAGCCGUGUGUUGCCGGAUACGCGUCACGGUAACGUGUCAUUGAUACCGCUGCGUGGCAGUGAGAAUGAGAUGCGGAACAGCGUAGCAGCUUUCAGCCAAGACCCGCUUGCUGAGUUGGGGGUUGCGCCUGUGUGGGAUCGAUAAUCUCUGUUCCAUGAUUCAUCUAUGAUUUAAUCAUCAUGAAAGGAUCUGGGUUCUUAAACUAAAAAUAGACUACGGGGCUCCUCCUUGUGAAACAUGAGGGUGUUUUCAGGAGCCUGGAUUCCAGGACAAGAGAAUAAAUUACUAAUUUGCGUCAGUGUCUGAAAAUGUUUAAGAAUCCAGACGAUGUCAAGAGGAUAAGACAGCAGCAUCUUCAUAUUGCAGGAGGUUUGGACUGAGAACUAACAAAACAGAAUUACAACAAGCGUUAUUCUGGUGAUGCUGUGCCAAAGCUAGCUUCAAAACACCAAGGAAACAGCAAACAAAGAAUAACACAUUUGAGGUGAACUAAUGCCUGCAGGUAAACUAUGUUUAACACUACAUUUUACAGCACUACUGCCAUAUUAGGUCACAGAGUUGUAUGCUUGGCAAGAAAUCGACAAGCAUCAUCACUGUUGGUUUGUUGAACUAUAUUUGAAGCACACUGAUAUUAAAACAGACCUGUUCAAUGACAUCAAUAUCACCGUUUCCAUCUGUUCUCUUAUUUUCAUAGAAAAAUUGAGUGCAGACAUCCAAAAUAACUCACUCUGCGCUCAGUCUUGGUGCCGUGCGACCAAAUGUCCACAAUCUGAUGAUGCAGUUGUGUCCUGCUGUUUCUAGCCAUCACAUACCUCUCAUUAGUUUGCUGCAGAGUGCAGCAGCACAUAAGACUUCCACUCAGUCCGCUGUUGCUUCAAUUGGCAAUAACACGAUACCAGGGUUCCUGUGUUGUUCCCUUCCGGAUAUUUUCUAAUGAUUUUUACCUGUUCAGUGCAUUUACUUGCAUACACUCCCAACAUAAUGUUGGGAGUGUAAGAGGAGGUGUGAUUGCCUUGGUAAUUGGAUGGCAGCAGAAGCUGGCUUAUGCAGGAUGUUUGUGUGUGGGGGGUGGAGGAGAGAGAUUCACUGCAUAUUGAUAUGUCCAAUUCUCAAUGUUAAGUUAAAGACCAAAUAUUGUGUGUGUGUGUGUGUGUGUGUGUGUGUGUGUGUGUGUGUGUGUGUGUGUGUGUGCGUGCGUGUCUUCAGUCCAUCACUGUCUUCAUUUCCUUGUGUUUCUCAGUGUGUUGACCUCCCAUUUUCUCCAUCUGUCCAUCACCUUUUCUGUCAUAAUCCCUCUAUUGUUUGUCUUUCAGCUCUUUAGGGAUGUUCGAUAAUAGUCGCUGCAAAAAAGGUAGGACAGUUGCACACUCAGAAUAGUUUUAAGGUGGAUAACACACAAAUUCUGGACUAUUCUCAGACUAAAUAAAUUUUGAUUAAUAUGUCAGCAGUGUUUUUUAUAGUCUAUGUAAACGUGAGUCUUCAAUGAUAAAACAAGUACUUGUGAAUGUGAAUACAUUACAGUGGAUCAGAACUUGCUCUGUUGCAAUUAUUUUGUACUUAUGAGGAAAUUUUUUACUAUUAUAUCUACACCUGUUAAAAUAUGGUGAACUUGUGGAUUACGAAUCCAGUAAGGACACGAUUAAUUGAGUAAAUCAGUGACAAUGAAGUAUUAUUUAUUUCCUGUUAAAGUUGAGGUUUUCAUGCUUACAGUCAUGUAUCUUACUGUAGCUCAUGACUGGAGUAGAUGGCUCAGACUGUAGGUAAUGACUCUGUGAAUAUUACACAGUAUAGUGCUGAUAUGAUUAGCAAAUUAGUCGAUCAACAGAAAAUCUGUCAUUUUUAAUAAUUUGUUAAUUAUUUAAGUUAUUUAUCAAGCAAAAAUUAAAAAAAAAAUGCUGUCUCCAGCUUCUCAAAUUAUGUGAGGAUGCGCUGCUGCUUUGGCUCUGAGGAAUUUUGAUUUGCAUUCUCCACUAAUGUCCAACAUUUACAGACCAAAUAAUUAAUGAAUUAGUCAAAAAAAAGUAACAGACCGAUUAAUCAGUAAUGAAAACAAUCAUUAGAUGCGGUUCUAAUAGUAAAUAAGACUAUUAUAUUAUAGAAGGUCCACCUAAGUUGAGAUGAUAUAAGACUCAAGUGAAAGAUAAAGCAUUAUCUCUCAGUUUAAGCUGAUCUGUUGGUUUAUUUGUCAGACUGUGUAUUUGUCGUUUAUCUGCUCUCUUGAAUGCUGCUCAUUGAGUCUACAUCAUGUCAGCACCCUCUUUUCUGGUUGGCAUGGCUCCAAGACAUCUGUAGUCUGGAUGAAAAUUAUAAGGGUGAUCUCUCAGGGAACUUUGAAAAAACUGUGAAACUGAUUUUGGGGUCAAAAGAUAAAAUCAAAGUUCCACUCAGUAGUUUCAGUCUGCUGUAAUAGAUUAAAUAAACAUGUAAAAAUAUUUGAGGAAAAAGAUGACAACACUGAUUUAAAUCACUAUAACCUCUGGAUUUUUAUUCUUUAAAGGGCAGAUGGUCAGCCUCAUCAGAUGAUCUCUGAACAUCCCAAUUACAUCAUCAUUCAGUGACUGUAAGGACCAGAGUGACGGACAACCAUACUGUUUCUGGAUUAUAGCCUUACACUGCCAUCUGCUCCGCUGAAUAUGAACUGGACCAAAAACUAUACGGACAACAGGAUCACAUCUAAAAUAUAUCCUACACUGGUUUUCGGGCACAAAAGGUUUUUACUUGAUGUACAGUAGAAGCAGCUGGGAGCUGUGGCAUUAAAAUGAAAGAGCGUGAGUUUGAUGGACUACAGUCACGCUGAAUAUUUCCUCAAUCACUUCCACCUUAACAUUGAGCAAGUCUGCGCUCAGUGUUUCCAUUGGUCAGUGACAUGUGCCUCAAUCACUGCAUUAUAUUUUGGGACAGGAGCAUGAAAGACAUGCUGAGCGAAGCCAGGUUAUUCUAGGCGCUAGAAUUGAGUGCUUGGCAAAUCUUUUUUUAAAUAGAAAAUAGAAGUUUAUUGUUGUAGCUGAAUCAGAUUUCCAGUUUUGUGAUGUUUUUAGCUCUCUUUCUGUUUUGCUGAUUUCUGUUCUGUCUUUACUAUUGCUCAAUGAAAUGUUGGGAUAAUCCUACAAUUCAAAACUGAAUAAUUGCUAUUGUAAGCAAAGCUGAUGUCAUAGGAGACUGAGACCUGAUUUUGAUUGGUCACACCGGGGUUUGUUCCACAGGGACCAAGACUGGGACUGAGAGAAAUGGCAGUGACAGAUUGGUGUCUUUUACACCACAGGACAUUUGCCAGCAUUGUACAAAAACCUCAGUUAGAGUUGCAUAUAUGUGCUUGUGUCAAUUUGUCUGCAUAUGUGCACCAGUGUACACGCACUAUGCGUGAAUAUUUGUACGUGUUUUUUUCAAGACAGGUUUUACCUUGUAUGAAAUUGUGUCUUUUUGAGAGUGAAGGAAGGACAGGCAUGUGCUGGGAAAAAAAACAUAACUUUUUAAGAUUAAAAGAAGAAAGUCACAGGUGAGGGCAAAAAAUUGUUGGAAAAUGAGAUAAAACAAGGGAAGCACUUGAUUUAGUAUUGUCCCUUAUUCUGUAUUCAGAUAAACUCAGUGCUACUAUAUGUAGGUCAGAUUUCAAACCAUAUUUACUUAUUCAAAACAAUGUUUUUGCCCUGGCCUGAACAGUAGUUUUGUCUAACCGAGUGCACUCUCUUUUCUUCCUGUCCUCACACAGUCCUUAGCACUGCUUACUCUGUCAGUCCUUUUCUAAAGCAAUGCUUAGAGGCACUAUAAGUACAUGGGCAGUUUUGUCAUUAACCAGCAGUAUUUAUGAAGGUUUAGAUUAUGAAUUAUUCACAUCCUUGCAACAGUAUAUUUUUAUAGUUUGACCAUCAAACCUCAAAACAGGGCAUAGGUUCCACUGAAAAGUCAGUAAGCAGAAGAAACAAACAUAGGUGCAUUAUCAUCUUCUAUCAUUCUUUGUACUGUGGUCCAAACUUGUAUAUAUUUUGUCUAAAGGAUUAACCUGUUAACAGAUGCCUUACCAGAUGCAUUGAACAUUGACCAUCCUCACGACAUUGUAGUGUUGUUGCCUGUAUGCCAGCUGUGGGUUUUCCUUGUUGUACAAGAUUUUUUUUUUAAUUUAUUUGGACAGCAGAGGACGCUGGAUGCACUGUAGAACAUGUUUGCUCUGAUUCUAUUGGUGAGGCAUCAUGAUGUUCAGCUAAAUGUUAAGUUUUAAACACCUUUAAUCACAGUACCUGUGAAAAUGUGUAUAUACAGUACAGUGUAUGUGUAUAUGAGAGAGUGUGUGUAUGUUAUUAGCUGCCCUCCAGCUCAGACCUCAGCAGGAAUAGAGAGAAAAAUCCGUUCCACUCUGUGCAGUAAUGUAAUUGCACGUAAAGUGCCUAUAGAAAGUCUCAUGCCAUGUACUUUUUUUUUUAUAUUUUAUUGUUUUAUAACACUGAUGGACUCUAAGGAGUUUUUUUUUUUGUUUUUUUGUUUUUUUUUGUGAGACACUGAUCAUCAGAAAAAAACAGUAAAUAUCUACAAAUUGAUCAAAGUCAGAUACAAACAUUAAACACAUAACUGUUUGCUGAAGUGUUCUCUUCCUUCAAGUCAACAAGCUAUCAAGUUGCAAGAUACUGUGAGUGGUCGGCUUUUAAUGUCCCACCACAAGAUCCUGAUUGUAAUAGAUUGUAGAUCUGUCUGAUCUGCCACAUUUAUUUGACCUUCAGGAGCCUUUCAAGGCCUCCUGCAGAGAAACAUUCACAUAACAUGACACUGCCACCACCAGGUUUCAUUUGGGUAUGGUGAUGUGUGGCACAUGGCUUAUGACAAUCAUAGCAUUUAGUAUACUGGUCAGAAAGCUCAGCCUCUCAUCUUAUUCCACUUUGUUUCGUGUUCGCCAACGUUUGUUUAAAAGCCCUAAGGUGAAAUACCAGUGCAGCAGUUGUUGUAUGCACCUUGUCUCCCAUCAUGCAGUAUCUGUAGGCCUCCUUUACAACUGUUAGUUGUUCUAGGCAAAUUCACACCUAUGCCAUUGUCUCUCCAUUCUUCUAUGAUGGGAAGGAUCUUACAGCACCUUUAAGGGUAAUUUAGGUCUUUGGAAGUUUUUAUGCACCAUCCCCCUGAAUGGUACUUUUCAGCUAACUCACUAAUUUUUUUGAAAGUUCCUUUCCAUAGUGUUUAUGGGAAAGUUAAGUUUGUAUUUAUUUAGUUUGUAGAGAUCUCUUAAAUGUCAUCGCUGUCAAAACAUCCUUAGUACUUCAGUGUUUCAGUGUUUUAAAACAAUAAUGUAUACAAAGGGGGUGUUGAGUACUUUAUAUAUACGGUGUAUAUUCUCUCUGUCUCGCUUCUUAUUCUGUUAUUCUGCAUUUUACUGAUUUUUGCAUCUCUGAAACUCUAAUAAACACAUUCAGUUACUUA